AGUAACAGUAAGUGGUUUCUGUAUCAGCAAUAAUAUUUGGCAACUCUGUUUCAGGACCUGCAUCGGCUGAAAAAUCACAAGAUCAAAGUGACUCAUCCUCAUGUGCAGGAAGUUCAGGGUGCGGAGGAGAGAUGCUGCUGAUACUGGUGUCCCUGCUGUGUUGUGUCCCUGCAACCAGGGCCUGUCUACAGUGUGACCGUGGGAUCAGGCUCCUACAUGAGGACUUAGUCUUGUCUGCUCCCACCGUAGAUGACCAGAUUGAAAUGAAAAAGAUUUGUGACCACGCUUAUGUGACCUAUAGAGAAACCAGCAGGGCACGAAAGGGAAUCAUUGAUCCCACUACACUGUACAGAGCCAGAACUGAGUACCAGAGUGAAUUUGAUCGCUUUCUGAAAACCCAGGACACUGGAUCUGCAACAUUUAAAGCCAUUCAGAUCAUGGAGAAGGGCAGGAAGAUCUUAGAGAAACACUUGGAUGCCUUCAUCCGUGAUGGACUGUGCCCCAACAGGUGUGGGCUUCUGAAUCGAAGAGUAAUGGAUUGCUUCUCUUGCCGCUACAAGAUAUACAUCUGUCUCUCUCCCUCUGGCCAUCAGGAUUGUGGUGAGUACACAGUGCAGGCUGAGGAGGGAGGCCAGGCAGUACUGAACUGUUUUCUUCCAUGGCAUCAUCUUCUACUGGGAAAACCAGAGUACCACUACUCCUGGGUCCCAGGAGUGCCAGGAACUAAAAAGCUGGAUGAGGAUGACUUCAAAGCCUUGGUAGUGACAGACGACUCAUCUGUGGUCUUAAAUCAGCUGCAUGUGGAUGAACAAGGAACAUAUCGCUGCUCUCUGCGGGACCGAGAUGGAACGGUCUUCUACAGAGUCACUUUCCUGCUCACUGUUGCCCCUUUGCCUGACCAAACUCACCGACCCCUCGUCACUCUGCCCUCUCUACCUCAUGGAGACUCACAUUUUCAACCUACUGAGGGGCUGCUGGUGCCAGUCAUCGUCAUGGUUACUGCUCUGAGUCUGGCAGCGAGCGUAGGCCUCACCGUUGUCCUGGGAAUGAUCAUGAAUCAGCGGAAAGCAGCAGAGGAGCCGAGAAGAAGGAAGGAGGAAACAACGACACAAAACACAGCCUGAGGGAGAUGCUGUGUACAGUAAAUAAACACUUUAAUGACAGGGAUGUCUUACUCACUUUAGGAUGUACAUUUCGCCCCCGGGGUUUAACAAACUUCCCACAUGACAUGAAAGUGAGAAUACAUGUUGGCUAUAUGCAAAUGAGGCUCCAUGAGGCACAAAUUGGCACAGGGGUUUCUACGAGCACAUCGUUUAUCUCUAACAAUGAG